AAAUGUUUUAUCAUUUCCUCAUGUGCAGUCAUCAAGGACUAUGCUCUCAUAUAUAAGCAAGGAUUAAGAAUGAUAGUCACUCAGUUUGUGCUGUGCUAAAGAGGAGUCGAAAGGGCAAAAACCAAAAAGAAUAAGAAAGUAAAGUGUAGCCAGAGAAACUGGAUUGUAUUCUAUUAGUGAGACAAAGGUGAGGGGAAACAGCCAGAUGGAGCAUAUGAGCCUGCAAGCAGAAGACGGGGCUAAGAGGAAUACCCUGAAGAAAUACAAGAUACUUUGUGCUGUUCUUUUGGCUUGUCUUGUGAUUGUGGCACUUGGACUAGGAUUGGGACUUGGACUAAAGAAACCGGUACAAGUGAGUUGUAGAUUCAGAUGCUUUGAAAAAUCAGAUACAUCGACCGCUGGCUGUAGCUGUGAUGACAGAUGUAAAGAACGUCAGGCCUGCUGCUGGGAUUACGAGGAAGCCUGUGUUAUGCCAAUUCAGAGUUGGUCUUGCUCUAAAGCACGCUGUGGUGAGACACGGAUGCCCAGAACCCUCUGCUCCUGUUCUGAAGACUGCUUGCAGAAAAAAGAUUGUUGCACAGACUACCAAAGCAUUUGCAAAGGAGAAACACCUUGGCAAAAUGAAGCAUGUGCGUCUUUAAAUGCUGCUCAUUGCCCAUCAGGAUAUGAUCAAUCGCCACUUAUUCUUUUUUCCAUGGAUGGCUUUAGGGCAGAAUACUUGGAAACAUGGAGUGCUUUACUGCCAAACAUUGAAAGACUCAAAAAAUGUGGAAUAUAUACAAAGUACAUGAGAGCUUCUUACCCGACCAAAACUUUCACAAAUCACUACACAAUAGUUACAGGUUUAUAUCCAGAAUCCCAUGGCAUAAUUGACAACAAUAUGUAUGAUGUAAAGUUAAACCAGAAUUUCUCACUUUCUGGGACUGCAAAGUCAAAUCCUGCCUGGUGGAGUGGACAACCUAUCUGGCAUACAGCAAUGUACCAAGGAUUGAAAGCUGCCACCUACUUUUGGCCUGGAUCUGAUGUAAAAAUCAAUGAAACAUUCCCUGAUAUAUAUAUGGUAUAUAAUGGAUCAGUUGCAUUUGAAGCAAGAGUUUCAGAAUUGCUGAGAUGGCUUGAUAGGCCCAAGUCUGAGAGGCCCGAUUUCUAUACAUUGUAUAUUGAGGAACCUGACAAAGCUGGACACAAAUAUGGACCAGUUAGUGGAGGAACCAUUCAGGCCUUGCAAUUGGCAGACCGGACCCUGGGAAUGUUAAUGGAAGGUCUAAAACAGAGAAACCUCCACAACUGUGUCAACCUCAUAAUUCUGGCUGAUCAUGGCAUGGAUAAGACAUUCUGCAACAAGAUGGAAUAUAUGACAGAUUAUUUUGAUAAAAUUAAUUUUUAUAUGUAUGAAGGACCAGCACCUCGUAUCCGAACAAGAAAUAUUCCAAAAGACUUCUUUACCUUUGAUUCAGAAGGAAUAGUUAAAAACCUUACAUGCCGAAAACCAGAUCAGCACUUCAAAGCCUACUUGACUCGAGACUUACCAAAACGAUUACAUUAUGUCAACAACAUUCGUAUUGACAAAGUUCAUCUUAUGGUGGAUCGGCAAUGGUUGGCUGUGAGGUCUAAACAGUAUACAUUUUGUGAUGGUGGAAACCAUGGCUAUGACAAUGAAUUCAAAAGUAUGGAGGCCAUCUUUGUAGCCCAUGGACCAGGAUUUAAAGAAGAAACUGAAGUGCAGCCUUUUGAAAAUAUUGAGGUUUAUAAUUUAAUGUGUGAUUUGCUUAAAAUUAAACCGGCUCCAAACAAUGGAACACAUGGAAGCCUGAAUCACCUUCUAAAGGUCCCUUUCUACAGUCCAUCACAUGAAAGAGAAGUGUCACCUCCAUCUUCUUGCCCCUUUACCUCCUCUGUACCUUCUGAAACCCUAGGAUGCAAUUGCAAAUCCAUAACAGAUUUAGAAGCAGUGAAUCAAAGACUAAACCUCAUCAAUGAAGCAAAAGCAGACUCCGAAUCUUAUAAUUUGCCUUAUGGUAGGCCCCGUGUUCUACAGAAGGAGAGUUCUUAUUGCCUACUUUACCAGAAUAAAUAUGUGAAUGGCUACAGUCAAAAUAUCCUGAUGCCACUAUGGAGUUCAUAUACAGUUAGCAAAUCACCGGUCAAUGCACCUUCUCUCCCUCCCACUGCUCCAGACUGUCUGCGGCCUGAUGUUCGAAUCCGUGCAGCUCAGAGCCAAAAGUGCUCCAACUACCAGCCAGACCUGAACAACAUCACCCACGGCUUCCUCUACCCUCCCAACUUCAAUUCAUCUAAUUUUGAACAAUAUGAUGCUUUACUCACGAGCAAUAUUGUCCCCAUGUAUAAAGAAUUCAAAAGAAUAUGGGAUUAUUUCCAUAAUACUUUACUUCCAAAGUAUGUUAUGGAGAGGAAUGGACUGAAUGUGAUCAGUGGGCCUAUUUUUGAUUAUAAUGCUGAUGGACAUUUUGAUUCAUUAGAUAUUAUUACACAGAACAUGACCAACCUGCAGAUUCCCAUCCCAACCCAUUAUUUUGUUGUGCUGACGAGUUGUGAGAAUCAGACCAACACGCCACUGAACUGUUCGGGCUCACUGAAGGUCCUGUCAUUUGUUCUUCCUCAUCGGCCGGACAACUCUGAAAGCUGUGCUGAAUAUCUGCCAGAGUAUCUGUGGGUUGAAGAGAGAAUGCAAGCCCAUGCAGCCCGCGUCCGUGAUAUAGAGCUUCUAACAGGUUUGGAUUUUUACCAAGAGAGAAACCAAUCUCUCCCUGAAAUUCUGCAACUGAAGACAUUUCUGCCAACAUUUGAAACCCUAAUUUACUGAAUAUGUGUGUCCAUGUGCACAUGUAGUUUACUUGAAAGCAACAUUUUGAAUACUUAUUGAUAGGUAUCUGCUGGUGCUAUCAAUCAAAAGACAUUGUCAAAUCAUUCCAUCUUUUUCUUUUUAAUUUAUUUUUGUGGAAAGAGAAAAAAUAGAAGUUAUGGGAGAUUUUACAAGGAGAAGAUAGUGAUGUCUGUGGAAUGAAUGUGGAAAACAUUCAAACAAUAAAACCAUCAUCUGGAGACACCCAGCACCAAAAAAGCUCCCUCUUUGCUCACUCACUAAACCUACUGGACUCAUAAAUCAAUUUCUGAUCAUUAGCUGAUUAAGAAAAAUAAACAAAUACAGAAGAAAAAUUCUUCUCCCAAGGGGAAAAAGUCAUUUCCAAAUUCCUACAUUCUUCAAGUUUCAUCCAGUUUGUCUCUUUCUCAUUCCUGCCUCUCUCCCUCUCUCUUUCCAUCCCUGCUUCCUCUGUUUCACAAUACCAGGACUUCUGACCACAUGCAACUACUAAUCUAAAUACAAUCUAACACGAAGAUCAUAAGACUGCUGUACAAUUUUUUAAAAGUUCAUAAUAUAAUAAAGACAGCUGGAAUUACAAACAAUAAUAAAUGCUUGUGCAUUUUUACAUCUUUGCAUCAUCACAUCAUCAUCAUCAUUCUGCAAUUCAUGCUGGAGACUGAAGCUGUUUCUUCUUUCUGGGGUUUUUAAAGACUGCCAGCAUGUGCCCAGGCAAAGCUGUGCAUCUAAUCAAUGGUCAUAGGGAAGGAGAUGUAUCAAUGAGUCACUUUCCAGCUGUUCUGUCAUACCCAGGGAGGAAGUGGAAAAGAGGGAGCAGCUUCCACAGGUAUAGCACAAGUAUGAUGGCUUAGAUGUGUAUUCUGUCACAGGUAUGGCACAAGUAUGAUGGCUUAGAUGUGUAUUGUUGGAUCACACAUCCCAAGCUCCUGAACUCUGCUGAGUCUAAAAGAAAGGAAGGAUUCAGGCAGUCCUCCAGAUAUAUUCAGACUACAAGCCACAUUGGCUGUAGAUGGUAUAGCCUAGGAGACACGGAAGGAUGGCAAUUGCAAUCCAACAUCUGGGCACAAGCCACCCAUAACUAUUGUAUCUCAGUUUGAAAAAGGACAUGUGAUUGGUACGUACUCAAUAAAUUUGGUGGCUUCUCACACUGCAGAUAAUACAGUUUAAAGUAUGUAAAAUGUUUUGAUUUUUUGUCUUUAUUGUUUUGUGGAUAACCUUUGGCUCCACUGCUUUAUAGAUUGAAGAAUUGUUUUGGACCAUAUUAUUUCACAAACAAGCCAACAUUGCCAACAUACAUUUUGGUGCUUCAAAUGUUAGACCUGCUUCUGGGUAUAUUUGACUUGCUGGUUCCAGAAAUGGCACCAGCCUCUAUCACAGUGGUUCUCAACCUGUGGGAUUCCUAAGUUGUUUUGGCCUACAACUCCUAGGAAUCCCAGCCAGUUUACUAGUUCUUAGGAUUUCUGGGAGUUGAUGGCCAAAACAUCUGGGGAUCCACAGAUUGAGAACCACUGCCCUAUCAGCUCUACUUUGUAAUAUAUAGAACAUUUGCCGUAGAACUCUUUCCUAAGCUCACUCAUAAAAAAACAGGAUAUUUUCAUGCGGUGUUUAAAUUUAUAUCUUUUAUUUUUUUUUUCCAUCAUUUCUAUCCCACCCUUCUCACCCGAGGGGACUCAGAGCGAAGAAGACAUAUCACACAUUAAAAGAACAGUGUACUAUAUGAAAAUUUGCUUAUUUCAUACCAAAAGCACAGAUUUAUGCUACAAACCUUCCAUUAUAAAUUCAACCAUAUCUAAGAAACUAGAAUUGAUACCAUCUAUCCAGUGCAAUUUUCUGAAUCAGUGCCCCCAAUAACCCCAGAACAAGUCUAAAAACCAAAACACCAAGAAAAGUGUAAUCCAUGUACCUGUGUCAUCACAAACUAUUUUGUGUUCCUGAGUACCUCAAUGGCAUUGAGUAAUAAAUAAGUGUAAUUUAAAUCACCAUUAUUCAGAAUGGCAUAGCUGAUGUGUAAUUGUUGUCUCCUUUUAAAACUCUCACAUUUUGGGGGAUUAGCAGAUUUUUGAGAGCCAGCAUGGUGCCGUGGUUUGAGCAUUGCACUGUGAUUGGAGACUAGGGUUCAAAUCCACAGAAACCCACUGGGUGAUCUUGAGCCCCAGAGAAAAGCAAAGACAAACCCCUUCCAAACAAAUUCUGCCAAGAAAACUUCAUGAUGGAAUCUCCAUGAAUCAGAAAUUAUUUGAAGACAAACAACAACACAUUCAGACAGAAAUUUUUGUGAUUUGCAAUUUAAUCCUAGGUUUUCCUACUUAGAAGUAUUUUUCAUUGUGUUUUUUCUCUUAGGUGUGUGUGUGUGAGUGGAUGCAUAUGGCUUUGCAACUUGAAAUAAAAAUCUGGGAAUUUCCAGUUGACAGUCUUUUUGUGCACCUGUUUCCUUAUGUAAAGCAACCGUUUGUAAAACCUAUUAACAUGUUGCUGCUAGAUUAUCUUGCCAAUUAGUUUCUAUGGAACAUUUGGGUAUUUCCUGAUUAGGUCCCAGUCUGCGCUAUUUUAUCACAAAAUUGGACAUAAAUGCUGCCUUGUGUUUUGACAGGCGGAGUGUGUCCCUGUUGGUUCUCCUGUACCUCACAGUGGCUUUUGAUACCAUCAAGCAUGGUAUCCUUCUGGGUACCAGUCUCAGGGAUGGGACUUGGGACACCAUUCUACAGUGGCUCUGCUCGUUCCUGGAGGGCCUGACCCAGAAGGUGGUGCUGGGGGGAUGCUUGGACCCCUGGCCAUUGGCUUGUGGAGUCCCACAAGGCUCGAUUUUAUCCCCCUUGAUACUUAAAAUCUACAGUAGAGUCUCGCUUAUCCGACAUAAAUGGGGCUGGCAGAUCAUCAGAUAAAUGAAAAUGUUGGAUAAUACAGAGUCUCCUACUGUUAUCCAUCCUGCGCCGUGCUGGACACCUAGAAUACUAAUAACAGGGACUCAAAGGGCUAAGGCAAGGCAUAGAGAGGCCCAGCAGGAAGUGCCCAGAUGCAGAAAAGGAGCAUGGAAAUCACAGAGGGAAGGAGGGAGGACGCUUCUGCUUCCGGACCUGCCUCUUUUUCCCUUUCCUCCCCCCCCUCCUCCUCCUCCUCCUCGUCUUGCCCUUUUCACUUAUUAGGAAUGGAGAGAGAGUUGGAGAGCGCUCCUUUAAUUGAAGGGGAAAUGCUGGAGGAAAAGGGGGGUGCUGGAUAAAAGCAUUAGAUAAGACAGAAUGUCAAAUAAGUGAAGGUUGUAUAAGUGAGACUCUACUGUAUAGGAAAUCAUUGGGGGAGGUCAUCCCGAGUUUUGGAGUUUUAUUUAUUAUUUAUAUUUAUGUCCUGCCUUUUGAUGAGAUCUUCAAAAAUAUUCCAGGUCUAAAAAUAAAAAAAAACACAUGUAGUGAACUCACUUCCAAAUUAUCCACCAAAGUUUGCCAGUGGAUCUUAAAAGCAUUAUUGGUGGAUGGUCAAGUAAAGUUCAGAAGAUGUCAUGUGUUUCAGAAAGAAAAGAGAAGGACAACUCACAUGCCCAGUAAUGGAGCCCAGUUAAUAAAAUCUAUUAAUAGGAACUCUCACCUAGAAAGAUUGCCAUUUUUUACUUUGUAUAGAUGAUAGCUUGACUGACUGACUGAAUGACAAACAGAUAGACAUCAGGACCAAACUACACAUUUUCUGGACUGUGACAUUAUUGCCCAAAAACACAGGUACAUUUAACACUCUCUAUGACUCUUUUUGAAACCAUGGGCUUUCCUAAGUUUAUAUUCAUUGACCAUCAUGGCAAAACACCCUCCCUACUAAAUUCCACAAACCUGUCUAGUCACUCUGAAUGACUCUCAACAUGUCUGGGUUUCAGAUGAGCUAGAUGGAAACUUUGUGGAGGGCCCUCUUUCUGUGACUGCUCAAGCAAUCCUCUAUCCCAACCCUGAGCAUAUAUCUGGGAGCUGGAAAAUAACAUGGGUAGUACACAAAUAAGUUCGGAGAAAUGGAGGAAUUUCCUACAGGGAUAACAUGCACUGAGAGCAAAAGGUUCUCCUUUCUCAAAAGAAUGUGUGGAAAUGUGUUGGAUAAUCCAGAACAUUGGAUAAGUGAGUGUUGGAUAAGUGAGACUCUAUUGUAUCUAUACUGGAGAAUUAAUGCAGUUUGGCAGCAAUUUAAAUGGCACGAUUCAAUGGUAUGAAAUCAUAGGAGCUGUAUUUUCACAAGGUCUUUAGCCUUCUCUGUCAAAAAGUGCUGGUGCCUCAUCAGACUAUCACAGGAUUUCAUAGCACUGAUCCAUAGCCGUUAAAGUGUUGUCAGACUGCAUUAAUUUUACAGUCUAGAUGCCCACAUACAGAAUCCUCAAAGUUUGUAGGUAUCCAGCAUUCCCCACGACAAAUUGGUUGAAUUUACACAUAUUACCCUAGACUUCUCCCAGAUGGCUUAUGAAGAAAAUGUGAAGAAUGUUAGUCUUGUGCUCUUGGCUGCAACUCAACAUGUCCUUUAAUUCUGGGACAAGGGAGAAUGGAGCAUGGAAAUUCUAGUAGGAGAGUGUAGCUAUCACAUACCCUAGACCAGGGGUCCCCAAACUAAGGCCCGGAGGCCGGAUGUGGCCCUCCGAGGUCAUUUACCUGGCCCCCGCCCUCAGUUUUAUAAUAUAAUAUAUUGUAUAUACAUAUAAUAUUGAUAAUAAUAUUAUAAUGUAAUACAAUAUAACACUAAUAAUAAUACCAUAUAAUAAUAUUAAUUAUAUAUUCUAUAUUACAUAUAAUAUUACUAAUAAUAUUACAGUAUAAUGGUAUAGUUCAAUAUAGUAAUAUAUAAUGCUAAUAUUGUGCUAUGCUAAUAAUAUAAUAUAUUGUAUGUACAUAUAAUUUGUAAGCCACUCUGUCCCCUUUGGGGUGAGAAGGGUGUGAUACAAAUGUAGUAAAUAAAUGCAGUAAAUAAUAAAUAAAUAAAUAAAUAAAUAAAUUUUAGACUUAGGCUCACCCAAAGUCUGAAAUGACUUGAAGGCACACAACAACAACAACAACAACAACAACAACAACCCUAAUUAACUUGACUAUCUCAUUGGCCAGAAGCAGGACCACACUUCCCAUUGAAAUCCUGAUAAAUGUAUGUUGGUUAAAAUUGUUUUUAUUUUUAAAUAUUGUAUUGUUCUUUUAUUGUUGUUGUUGUUGUUGUUGUUGUUUUUGCACUACAAAUAAGACAUAUGCAGUGUGCAUCGGAAUUUGUAUUUUUUUUCAAAUGAUAAUCCGGCCCCUCAACAGUCUGAAGGAUUGUGUACCGGCCCUCGGCUUAAAAAGUUUGAGGACCCCUGCCCUAGACCAAAGAAUGGUAAAGCCCUUGGAUUGUUUGCCCUCUUCCAUCAAGUGAACAGGUUCAGGAAGGACGCACAUGAAGCAGUGAAGGAGGAAGGGAGACAACAGCCUAACCAGUGAAUCCUGGAAAUGAAUAGGGUGACCAAAUAUAAUAUCCAGAUCAUCUGGGGUCAUAGCCAAAUCAUUUCCUUUCCUUACUUAGUUUAUCCAUACCUCACAACCUCUGAGGAUGCCUGCCAUAGAUGUGGGCAAAACAUCAGGAGAGAAUACUUCUGGAACAUGGCCACACAGCCCGAAAGACAUACAACAACCAUCUGGCAUUAAUUUAUGAAGUUAUUCUUGUGGCUGGGCUGUAAUCUGCUGGUGGCAGGAAGUGGUUUAUUAGCCAUGUUCCUCUUUGCUUUUUAAACUCUCUGAGCUGUGCGGAAGUCUGCAAACUGCAAAAAAGGAAAUUGUCUGGUGGUUUGAAAACCAGGAACCCAAACUUUGAUCGAUCGAGGAAUUUUUAUGUGAUCAGAUGCUGUAGUGGUGGCUGAGUUUGUUUUUGGUUGUAUUGUGAGGUCCUGAGUCCUGAGUUUGUAAAGUCCUUAUUGCUGAAUUUAGAGAGAAAAAUCCUUUUUGUUCUAUAACUUGAAUUGAUGGAAACAUGGUGUGCUGAGUUUACCUUCUUACCCUGGAAACGUCAACCCCUUUGACUAUAAACUUCCUGUGCUGGCAGCAAAGUUUUCAUUAAAAAAAGAGAACCUAUGCUUGAAUUAUCUGAUGCCAUUUUGGCUACUAGGAGCGGACAACUCCUCUGUUGCAGCAGCUCCACUGCAAACAUGAUUCUGGGCACAAUUCAAAGUGCUGGUUUUGACCUAUAAAGUCCUGCAUGGCUCUAGUCCAGGUUAUCUGAAGGACCAUAUCUCUUUCUAUGAAGCUGGUAGACAUCUAUGAACAAUAGUGGGGGCUUCUCUCAGUCCCACCACACACUCAAGCGCGUUUGGUGGGAACACAAGAGAGGUCCUUUUUGGUGGCUGCUCCCAGACUUUGGAACUCCCUUCCAAGAGAGACCAGGACAGCCCUGUCCCUGCUUGCCUUUUGCAAGCUGGUAAAGACUAUUUUUGCUAUCAGGUAUUUGGGGGAGGAUGAGAGGCACACUGGUAGGGAAGCGUGGGUGGGAUUUGGAGGAGGGUUGUGAGUUUUGAAGACUAUUUUAAGUGUCUUUCUUAUAUUUUAAUCUUUUUUAAACCUUAAACUACACUGUAUUAUUUAACUGUUUUUAAUGUUUGUAUUGCACUUUUAAAAUUAUGACCAAAAUGCAAGAUUGUUAGCCACCUUGAGUCUCCACUGGGACAAAGGUGGGGUAUAAAUAAAGUAAAUAAUAAUACCUUUAUGUGUCUCAACUCUGUGCUUCUGUUAAAAGGUCUAGUGAUGGUCAAUGUGAGGUUUUGCCAAGGAGGUUUUAGAAUAAAAACCCAGACCAUCACUGGGAAAAUAUCCUCAUUCUUCCAUAAAGCCAAACAGUGGCUCUAAAGGCUUUGGGGGAAGGCUUUCCAUUAGUCCUGCUACACUUAAGACAUAUCUGAUGAACAAAUUAUUGAUGGCCUUUUCAGUGGCUGCUCUGAAACUAGAACUCCCAAGAGGGAUUAUGUUGGUCUCCUCUCUGUUGUUCUUCUCCCAACGGGCAAACAUUAUUCUUAAUUAUUCCAGUAGGCUUCCAGCAACUUUGCUGUGUGCCUUUAAGGUCCUCAUCAGAUGGGCAGGGAGAAAGAGGGGGAAAGCAGGGGAAAACAAAGGGAACUGUCCUCCUUCGUUCACUACUGUCUUUCCCUAUCUUCUGGGAUGGCCUCCCCUCCACAUUGUUUCCUGUCCUUUCCCCACUUCCUUUUCAUGUUCUCCAGUUAGGGGUCAGGAAACACUUGACUCCUCAAAAGGCUGACGAAACAUGGGGUCCCGUUAGAAGUUGCCUUGCAUCAUAUGAUGGACUCCAUAGGACUCUUUCGACAGCAUAAACAAGAAGAGAUAAAAAAGACUGCAUCUGAUGAGGUCGUAAGUCAACUGCAAUUUAUGGAAAUGUUAUUAUAGGAUUUUCCUAUUCAGGGGAGGUUUGUCAUGAUUUAUGGCUGAGAGAGGAUGAUUGGCCCAGUGUCACAACCAGGUUGUUUUAAGGAAAGGACCUUUUAUUUCUUACAUUACUCAGAUGUGUUUUAAAUUUGUUUUUCAUUCAUUAAUGUUUUGAUAUUAUAGUUCAUUUAAUUGAAUAUUUAUAAUGUUAAUUGUGUGUAUGAUAUGUAAUGUGUGUCUCCCUGUGCUUUCUCUGUGUCUUUUUAACUGUAAAUGCCUUAAUCUUGUAAGCUGUCACAAGCCCCAGUUUUAGAAAAAAAUAGCUAUCUAGGUGAAGUACAGCUAAAUGUUACUGAAUAGAAGCAUUAUACAUUUGCUUUUUUCAGGAAGCUGGGGUGAGAGGAGGAUUGUCAUAUUACCUGAUUAGUCAGCUUUUAUCUGGAAUCUAGGUGUGUCAACAGGUGUCCACUUGUACCAUCAGCUGGCAUGGAUUCCAUGCUCUUUCCCUUUUUUAAAAAAGUAAGUUUUUAGCUCUUAUACAAGUUGAGAUAUGGACCAAAAUGUAUAGCUACUGUUCUGGUCAAACAACAAUGAGGUGACUUUCUAAAUAUACUUGGCCUGACACUCCCCACUGCCCCAACUAGUUUCAGAAAAGAUUGUUGUACAAACAAUGAAAAGGGAAUCUCUGGAUAUAUGUACAUAAGGUGAAGCUAACAAACAGGUGGCAACAAAAGCAAGCAUAGCCCAGAAGCAGCAGGUCUCCUGCACAGUGUCUGGAGAACACACUACAGAGUUGACAAAGAGAGGUGAGAAGGGGGAUAGUAUUGUUUUUAAAUUUAAGCAACUAGGACGCAGGAUGGAUGUUUUGCUUUUGAGGAUUGGAAAAAGGCAGAGAUUGCCAACUAAAUCCACCUGAAAGUAGAACAGUGGAACAGCAAGAUGGCCUAAGCUGCCUAAGCUGGAGUUGUGCAUGCUUUGGUGUCCUCACCCCUAGUAUAGUCAACUAAAUUGCUGUAAACGCACACUAUUACCUAGAUGUAUUCAUUGGUAAAUGUUUUACAUUCAUGCCUGCUACUCAAUCAUGAUUCUGACACUAUUGCCACAAUUGUAAUUCUUCUUCAAAUCUGCUUUACCAAACAGAAGUUGCAUUAGGAAAAGGAGAGCCAUUCUGCUGGUGUCUGAAGUACAGCUGAACUAUAUUUCCCUUAGGUUUGGGCAGGGUGGCUCAAGAGAGGUUACUUAAUUCAGUGUACUUAAUUAUGUGUACUUUGUAGCUGAUGCAGAAUUCCAGCCAAACUGUCUGGCUUCUUCCCAUUCACUUUCAAUUCCAAAUUUUCAGUGCCAUUUCAUUCUGAAAUGGAACUUAGCCAAUAUCAUGCUGUUUGUAUCAAGCUGGCACAAAGAAGUCUUAAUCAGCCCAAUUGUUACGUUGUAUUCAGUCAAACCAGUUUCACAGCCCUAGCUGCACUGUAGCUCUGCAAACAAAAUAAAAAUAAAAUAAAAAUGGAAAACUAGUGACAUAAUGCAAAUGAAAGUGCAUGUCUGGGAGAAGGCUAUAGUUAGCUUCCUUUAAAAACAAAGCCCAUGUAAAUGUCAAAAUGUCCAAGAUCUUUGAGAUACUGGACACUGCA